UAACUUUGAUUAUAAAAAGCAAGUGUUAACUAGAAGGUCCCCAAACACAAAAGACCUCCAAAGAAAAAAAAAAAAAAACUAGUGGUUUUCCUCCGCUUGACACUUCCUUACUUUCUCUCUCCCUCUGUUCAUUUAUACCCACAAUUCAUUACCUCCCUUGCCCCUCUCUUUCUUUCUCCUCCUUUUGGGCCCACACUACUUAAACCUUCUCUCUCUAAAUGGCCUGUGGGCUCUCCGUCUCCGGCAGUUCCCAGGCCCAAUUCCUCCCUCCUCUGCCCAAUUCCUUAACCGGACCAAUAUCCGUUUACCUCCGUCCGACCCGCCGUCAAUCAUUGGGUUAUACGGCGACGAGGAGAGAGAAACGACUCACAAUUUGCUUCGUUCUUGAAGAACGUCAGUUAGCGAGCUUUGAAAUUGAAACAGAGAGUAGAAGUACAAGUACUAGUGGUAAAGAUGAGGGAUAUGUUAACAUUACCACUAUUGAUACUGAAAACGGUGACAGACAAAUUGCAGCCGCUCGAUUAUCAGAGAAAUUAGCAAGGAAGAGAUCUGAACGGUUCACUUAUCUUGUUGCUGCUGUUAUGUCUAGCUUUGGUGUUACUUCCUUGGCUAUCAUGGCGGUUUAUUACCGGUUUUAUUGGCAAAUGGAGGGAGGAGAAGUGCCUGUAACUGAAAUGUUGGGUACUUUUGCUCUUUCUGUUGGAGCUGCUGUGGGAAUGGAAUUUUGGGCAAGAUGGGCACAUAAAGCUCUCUGGCAUGCUUCUUUGUGGCACAUGCAUGAGUCUCAUCACAAACCAAGAGAAGGACCUUUUGAGCUGAAUGAUGUGUUUGCCAUCAUAAAUGCAUUUCCAGCUAUUGGACUUUUGUCUUAUGGAUUCUUCCACAAAGGCCUUCUUCCUGGUCUCUGCUUUGGUGCUGGACUUGGAAUAACAGUAUUUGGGAUGGCCUAUAUGUUUGUGCAUGAUGGUCUUGUUCACAAGAGAUUCCCUGUUGGUCCCAUUGCUAAGGUUCCUUAUUUCAGAAGGGUAGCUGCUGCCCAUCAGCUACACCACACAGAUAAAUUUAAUGGAGUACCAUACGGCUUGUUCUUGGGACCAAAGGAGCUAGAAGAAGUGGGAGGGCUUGAGGAGUUAGAGAAAGAAAUUAGCCGUAGGAUCAAGCUAUCCAAGGGCUCAUCAAGAUGAUGUAUGCUAGAUUUGCUCCAUUUUCCAAAAACUAGAGCUUUAGUCAAAAAGUUUUCUAAAAUCUAGAUUUCCUUUGAAGGAAGGAAAAUAGGAGUAUAAAUUAGGAUGACUUACAUGUGCAUUAUUUUACAUGUAUAGCUGCAGAUUUUGAGCCCUAAUAUAUCAUGCCCAAGUAAAUUUUGGGUAUGAACAAUGAUCAUUGAUCAUUGAGUUGUAUAGAUUUCAAAGGGCAGAGGAUUGUAUUCAUAGCUGAAUUAUGUGUCCCUUUUUGUGGCUUUUUGAGGAAAAAAAGUUAUCAAACAAGUUUUGUGGUAA